AUUAGUAUGUAAGUAGUUGUACAAGUGGAAAGAGUACACUGCCUCAGUCAGGACUCUGUUCUGUUCCAAUUGAACAAAACAAAGUAGGAGAUUAUCAAUAUUGUUUCAGCAAUGGCAGGAGUAGUUGUACGGCAUUGGGUGGAAACUCCAGUACGUUACCAGGAGCAUUUUGCUGAUCAAGAUAUGGAAACUUGCAAAUUAAAUCACUCUCUGUUUGCUUUGCCGGGCCCUGCCAUAGCCACUCAGAGAAAGAACAUACAUACAGUCAAGAGUACUGCUGAAACAGAGCAGAACGGUGCAGAUGAAGAAAAGCCCAACUUUCAAGUCUUACUAGAUGUUGUGCAGUUCCGUCCUGAAGAUGUUAUUAUUCAAACCUUUGAAGGCUGGCUUCUGAUCAAAGCUCAGCAUGGACCCAGGAUGGAUGAACAUGGCUUUAUAGCCAGAAGCUUUACUAGACAAUACAAAUUACCAGACGGAAUUGAAACAAAAGAUCUGAACGCUCAUUUCUGCCAUGAUGGCAUUUUGGUUAUUGAAACAAAGAGCUUUAGCAAGAAAUGAAUUAUAGACUUUUUGUUAUGGUGAGACAAUAUUGUUCCUAUUAUAGCUUAAACAAUUCUGUACUGUGGUGCUGUGCAUGCAGAACUGUGUUUACAAUGAAAAUAAGAGGCAAGCUUUUGCAUAUUUUAUUGUUUGUUGAGUUUGAUUGUUUGAUAUGAAAUACAAUAUUUGCUCCCAACCGCUGUUGAUGUACAGGCAUUCCUACCAAGGCUAUCUGACAGAACAGUAAGAAGGCUUGAAAAGAUGUACAAGACAGAUGUAAAAGAAUGUAUGAAAGGAAGGUUCUAUAAAAGAGGGUGGAAAUGGGAAGUUGCAUUUGGAAUCUUAAGGCACUUGUACCCAAGAGGCAAAAGAUUCAGACUGGAGCACACUCUUUACUGAAAUAUAACUGUCAUGCCUGAAACUGCUGUAUUUAUUAGCACGGUAACAUGAUCCAAAUAAGUAGUUUAUGUUUGUAUAAAUAAACCAACCGGACUGGUA